AAGCAUUAUGAACGUAAUUCGUGCGAUUCAGAUGUAUAUUGAUAAAAUGAUCUCCGAUGCCGGACCAGGCAUGAAGCUGCUCAUGAUGGACCGCGAGACGAUAAGCAUUGUGUCGAUGGCAUUUGCUCAGUCGGAAAUGUUACAGAAGGAAGUGUUUCUCUUCGAACGGCUCGAUUCGGUCCGGUCGAACGAGAAGCUGAAGUAUUUGAAAUGCAUCGUAUUUGUACGUCCCACCAAGGAUAACGUGUUCUUGCUGCAGCAGGAACUUCAGAGCCCAAAAUUUGGCUCCUAUUACAUAUAUUUUAGCAACAUUAUCCCUCGGACGGACAUAAAAAUUCUAGCCGAAAGUGAUGAAGGUGAAUCGGUGCAAGACUUUAAAGAAAUUUACGCCGACUAUCUGCCGGUCAAUCCGAACCUCUUUUCGCUUCACAUCCCAACGUGCUUGCAAGCGCUAAGCUGGAAUCCGGAAGCACUCGAGCGUUCUACCCAGGGGCUGGUCAGUGUGCUGCUAUCGUUCAAGUUCCGUCCAGCGAUACGCUACCGUUCCGGCUCAACGGCGGCCCAAACGCUUGCCAAAAAGGUGCACGAAACGAUCAACAAAGAAACGGCCCUUUUCAGCUUCCGACCACCAGAAGAUGGUGCCGCUCCGCCCCUGUUGCUCAUUUUGGACCGGCGGGAUGAUCCGAUCACGCCACUACUCAACCAAUGGACGUAUCAAGCGAUGGUUCAUGAACUGCUCACAAUCAACAAGCAGCGCGUUGACCUGUCCGGUGUGUCCGGUGUGCCGAAGGAUCUCAAAGAGGUCGUACUAUCGACAGAACAGGAUGAAUUUUAUGCGAACAAUUUGUACGCUAAUUUUGGCGAGAUUGCCACCACGAUUAAGGUGCUAAUGGAUGAGUUUCAGAAGAAAGCGAACGAUCAGCGGAAGAUCGAAAGUAUUGCCGACAUGAAGAACUUCGUCGAAACGUAUCCCCAGUUCCGGAAGAUGUCCGGUACGGUCACCAAGCAUCUGGUGCUAAUAAGCGAACUGUCCGUACAGGUCGGUCAGCAGCAGCUGUUUGAAGUGUCCGAACUGGAGCAGGAAAUCGCUUGCCGGGCUGAUCAUUCUACCCAACUGCAGCGGGUAAAGCGGCUCCUAUCGGAGGGUAAGAUAAGUGCGGCCAACGCAUUACGGCUCGUUCUGCUUUAUGCAAUGCGUUACGAACGGCACGCAAACUGUGACACGUCUGGGUUGCUGAAGUUGCUGCAAGAUCGUGGCGGCCGGUCGUACAUCGCACCACGGAUGCUCGAGUACAUCAGUACCGUGGCCAGGCAGGAGCUGUUCAACACGGUCAAACUAACGGACGCUGUCAAGCUGACGCGGAACUUAAUAAAGGAGCUGAAAGGCGUGGAAAAUGUGUACGCUCAGCAUGAGUGUGUGCUGAAGGGCACACUGGAGGAAGUCAUCAAGGGAAGACCGUUGGAUGCGCAGUAUCCGAUUAUGGGCAACGAGGUCCCGUUCCGGAGACCACCGGCCGAGGUGAUCGUAUUCAUUGUCGGUGGAGCAACGUACGAGGAAGCGCUGGCCGUGCAUCGAUACAACCAGGAGGGCUAUCGGAUCGUACUCGGUGGCACCACGAUACACAACUCAGAAUCGUUCAUCGAGGAGGUACUUGCUGCGACGGUUGGAGUGCCAUUUAAGCAUUCGCGCUCGUUGCAACAGUUUCACCAUGCACCGGCCGGUACGGCUUAG